AUGGUGUUUAUCAAAGAUUUCAACAAUACAAAAGUGAGGACAAGAACUGGAAAGAGCCGUUUUCUUGAUGAGGCCAAAACUUUACUUCUUGGCCGUGCUGUUUCUAGUGAUAAGACAAUCCAGACUGCUUUCCAGGAUACAGUUGCAGUGAAUAUCACCUAUGGCAAUGGGUCAGCUCAUAAAGGUACUUCAGCAUUUUUACAUUCCCAUACAGAAUGUUAUCCAUUACAUUAUGGUGGUGGUUGUGUUAGCAGUAAAGGUCAACAAAUGACAGGUUAUCCGCAUAAUGACACAAACAAUCAUUGGCAAAUUAAAAUACCAGGAUCUUUAUUUGAUUCAUCAAGACCAGAAAAUCAAACAUGGUGA